AUGCACCUGCCGGUAAACCACUGUAAAGAUGUGGUACAGAACCGGCUGGCCAGCGGGCUUUACAAGGAAUUCAUAUUCGAAGAGCUGCUGUACAAGUACGAGAAUGAAGACCGCUUCGACGCCGACACCGAGGCUCUCAACUAUAAGAAGGUCCGUAUUCACCGUACCGCAGAUAUCUACCUAGGCACCUAG